AUGGGGCAAAUCAGAAAAUACAUGGGACAAAAGAAAAGGAGAUGGAGGCAAUGCUUGGAAUCUUUGGAGAUGGAAUUGGAAGACCAAAUGCCAAGUCUAAUGCAGGAUCCAGCUUGGGGAUUCCUCUGGGUUAACAAAUGCAACUCGCAUAAUAACAACGCUCAGGAUGGUUCAUGGGACAAAGUAGUAGCUAUAAAGGAUCCCGAUUCACAAGAAGAUUCAUGGAGUAAUGUGACAAUCCAGAAGAAUGAUGCACAAAAUGAUUCUUGGGACAAUGUAGCAGAUAAGGCCCCAAAUUCUGCCGCAGAAGACUCCUGGGGUAAUCUGGUUGCAACACCAGUGGGCAAUUCAGAUGCUAAGAAAUCAGAUUCUUGGGAUGGCUGGAAUGUUGUGCCUGCUGAGAACUCACAAGGUACUGCUCAAUGGAAAGAGACAAUUGAUUCUGGUAACAAGGACUGGAAAGCGGAUGGAUGGGGUGCCAAAUCUGGUAACUAG